UCUCACACCUCUAAUCUUCACGCCGUUUUUCCCGCCCCUCUUUUUCCUCUACAAAAUCAUCAUUAGAUCCCUCAAUCUUCGAUCACACAUUCUUCAACAAUCUCUCUCUCUAUCUCUAUCUCUCUCAGAUUCAAUCUCUUCGAAGUUAACCAAGCUUAGCCCAAAUCGAAUCAAUGAAGGAUAUCUCUAGAUCUCCGGUGAGAAGAAACGACGGAUUCCACCGCUACUUGAAGCCAGGCGCGCUCGCCCAGAUCCGAAACUCGAGAAUCAACGCUAGAUCUACUACCUCUCUCGUAUCUCGCUCCCUCUCGCAACCACUCGAUCCAUCGUCUCCUUCUCAGAACUCUGCCGCUGAAGCGGCGGCGGCGCGGAAUCUGACGAUAGAACAGGUACCACAUCUUCUGAGAAAGAUCUAUGGUCCUUAUAGUUACCAGAGGAAGAAGUUGGCCGCCGCUAGAUCCGUCUCGUCGUUGAUGAUGGUGAAUCCUAUCAAUUCAGUUAUUGAAUCCACUGGUGGAAACAGCAGUGUGUUGAGUAGUGAUGUAAUUGCUCAUUGAGUUAAACUGUUUCUUCUCUAUUUUACAUGUAGAUUGUUUUCCUAUUCUGUGAACUGAUACAAUUGGGGGAAUAUGUUCAAUACUCGUAAACUAUGUAUUAAAUUAUUGAAUUUCCAAUAAA